CUAAUGCUGAAAGUCUUAUGCCGUAGACUGACGCGAAUUCAGCAGAUUGUAAAACCCUGCAAAAGAAACCGCUUGUCAGCCCUAAAACCCUACAACUACUCUUCUCCAUCAGCAGCAUUCUCAGCAGAAGCCAUGAAUCCUAUGGACGAGUCGGAUGUAGGUAUUUCCUGCUACAUUUCUCACCUUCCUGGCUUCCGCGGAAUCCUCAAACAAAGGUAUUCGGACUUCAUUGUAAAUGAAGUUGAUUUGGAUGGCAAUGUUGUUCAUUUAACUUCAUUGGAUGCUCCACUUGAGAUCCUUGAAGAAAAGGAGGUAAAGGUAACUGAUCAGCCUGAUAAAAGUUAUGCAACUGAAGUAGAAUCUUUCAGAUCUCUUGCUGGAGAUUCUGAUGCUGACAAGCUUAAAGAUUUUAUAGACAAAAUUAGUUCCGGUGUUGAUGUCAGUGAUGAAUACAUAACUCUUUCACCAAGCUCUAAUAAAUCCCAUCGAACGGAUAUUCAUAAUUUUUUCAAGGAAAAGUUGAAAUUGCUUGUUACGGACACUGUUGAUGGACCAGAGGACUCCUCAAAGUGUGUUCGUGUUAGAUUGAAUGUUGGCAGAAAUAGUGGAAGGGGUAGAAACUCCAGGAAAAGGAAAGAUCGUGGUGAUAAACCCUAUGAUAGUAGAGGUUCAGAUCAUUGGCCACAAGAUCUUGGCAAGUUUCUGAGAUUUCAUCUUUACAAGGAGAACAAGGAUACUCAGGAGGCUCUGGGUCUUAUUUCCAAGAUGCUUGGCGUUCAGCCUAGGUCCUUUGGAUUUGCUGGUACGAAAGAUAAGCGCUCCAUUUCAACUCAAAGGGUGACUGUUUUCAAGCAACGGGCAAACAAAUUGGCAGCUCUCAAUGAAAGGUUGAUUGGACUCAAAGUUGGUGACUUCUGCCAUGUUAACGAAGGGCUUCAGCUUGGGCAGCUUUUUGGGAACCAAUUCACAAUAACAUUGAGGGGGGUUGUUGCAGAAUCUGAUGAUAUUAUAAAAGCCUCUGUUAUUUCACUGGGAAAGAAUGGUUUUAUUAAUUACUUUGGUCUGCAGCGAUUUGGAAGCAGUUCAGUGCCAACACAUCUCAUUGGAGCUACACUACUGCGUGGAGAGUGGAAAGCAGCUGUCAACAUGAUUCUUGAUCCAAGAGAAGGGGAGAAGAAUGUCAUAAGCAGAGUAAGGGAAUAUUACAAGGAGAGUGGUGAUAUUGAUGGGACUUUGAGGCAAUUACCUCGCCAUUUGGUAGCUGAAAGGGCUAUUUUGCAAUGCUUAAAGAAAAACCAACAGAACUACUUGCAAGCUCUUAAGGGUAUACCUAGGACCCUUCGAAUGAUGUAUGUACAUAGUUAUCAAAGUUAUCUAUGGAACCAUGCAGCGAGCUUCAGAGUGCAAAAGCAUGGAUUUGACCAAGUUGUAGUGGGAGAUUUGGUGUAUUGCAAAGAACCAUGUACUGAGAAGGAAACUUAUCUGGAAUGUGAAGAUGGUAGUGGCAAUGACACAAAUGAUAGCAUUAAUCCGGAUGAGAUUUCUGAAACUGAUGUUCCUGAAGAAAGAAAUAUUUCAGUUAAGGCUGUAAAUGAAGAAGAUAUAAGAUCUGGAACUUAUACAAUUGAUGAUGUUGUCCUUCCAUUGCCAGGGUCAAGAGUAAUUUAUCCAUCUAAUGACAUUGCAAAAAUAUACCAUGACUUAGCGGAAAAGGAUGGUGUCAAAUUGACAGAGAGCAUGCAUAAUGUCAAGGAGUUUUCAAUAACCAAUAUGACUGGUAGUUACAGACGUGUUUUCCAAAAGCCAAAGGACUUUGAAUGGGAAUUGAUUGCGUAUUGUGAUGGUACACAAUCUCUUGCGGAAACAGAUUGGGACAUUAUUUCCAAGUCAGUAACGGGUAGCCAGGUCAGAGAUUCGGGAUCAGCAAAAGACAAGGAUGAUGAACUUUCAAUUGGUAUUAGGACCGAGUCAAAGAACAUUGAAGCUGAGAACAAUAAUGAUCAGGAACUAGGUCCAGAACCUGAACGCAUGGAUGAAGUUAAGAUCAAAACAGUGUCACAACCAGAGGAAUCUUUGGAUGGUUCUAGAGCUCAGGAAAACCAAAUGGCUCUCAAAAUGACUUUUACUCUGCCUGCAUCUUGCUAUGCAACUAUGGCUGUGAGGGAGCUGCUGAAAACAUCUACUUCUGUUGCAUUUCACAAGUCCUUAAACGAGUAACCAAAUGCACAUACUUCUGCAAAACCAUUGGCUUUAAGAUGUUCUACAUCCGUUUUUUGGCUAUCAGGUGACAAAGGUAUUGUAUCUCUACUUUCCUAGAUACACAUUGUCAGAGAGAACUAACACUUGGAAAAGGUGCGACAACAAAGAUGGCUUGUCCUUAAGGGCUAAUGGUAGUGAUGUUUCUUGAUAUCAUGUAUCUUUUGAUUUUUAUGCUAAUACAUAUUCUAGAAAAAGAUGGCCUGUCCUUGAUUGUCAUGAGUAGUCCAUAGUUGCACUAUUGCUCUUAUCUCUGUAUUUUCACAUCUGCAUACACAGCGCAAGUGAGGUAUGUUUUGCCUUCAAAUGGUAAAAAAAAAUACUUUUAACAUUAAAACGUUGAUCGGCAUUUUGAAUAAUUUAUGGAGAAAGAUAUGCCAA